CAGUUGUUGUCAAACACAACACAAGUGGUAUUAUCGGUUGGUAACGGUUAUAUAACCCGGUGCCGGCCGGCGACUCAUAUCUCACUCAUUGCGGGAUAGCGGAGGCGGACCCACGUACCGACACAAACAUGGCUAAAGUUGAUAUCAAAUACACUAAGUUGUUCAUCAACAACGAGUUUGUGGACGCCGUGAGCAAGAAGACCUUCCCUACCAUCAACCCCCAGGAUGAGUCCGUCAUUAUCCAGGUUGCUGAAGGAGACAAGGCUGACAUCGACAAGGCGGUCGCCGCAGCCAAGAAGGCUUUCCACCGCUACUCCGAAUGGCGCACUAUGGACGCCUCUCAGCGUGGCCGCUUGCUCCUGAAGCUGGCUGACCUGCUAGAGAGGGACAGCAAAUACCUGGCAGACCUGGAAACCCUCGACUGCGGGAAACCAGUGAAGAACGCUUUCGGAGAAGUGUUCUUUGCCGCGUCCGUCAUCAGGUACUACGCUGGCAAAGCUGACAAGAUUUUAGGAAGCACCAUUCCUACUGAUGGUGAGGUUCUCUCCAUGACGCUGAAGGAGCCGGUGGGCGUGUGCGGACAGAUCCUGCCCUGGAACUACCCCAUCCCCAUGUUCGUGUGGAAGAUCGCCCCCGCCCUGGCUGCUGGAUGCACGGUGGUGGUGAAGCCCGCCGAGCAGACCCCUCUGACCGCGCUGGCCGUGGCUGCCCUGGUCAAGGAGGCUGGCUUCCCGGCAGGAGUCGUCAACGUGGUCCCCGGCUACGGGCCCACUGCCGGCGCCGCCCUGACAGCUAGCCCUGACGUUGACAAGAUUGCUUUCACUGGUUCCACUGAGGUUGGCCGCAUCAUCAUGAGUACAGCCCCCAAAGUCAACCUGAAGCGUAUCACUCUGGAGCUCGGAGGCAAGAGCGCUCUGGUCGUAUUCAAUGAUGCUGAUGUGGAGAAGGCAGCUGAGAUCGCUCACAAUGCCGCGUUCUCCAACGGCGGUCAGUGCUGUGUGGCCGGCACCAGGACCUACGUCCAGUCCGGUAUCUACGACAAGUUCGUCGCUAAAGCCGCUGAGAUCGCCCAGAAGAGGACCGUUGGCAACCCUUACGAGGACGUCAAACAGGGACCUCAGAUCGACGAUGACAUGUUCACGAAGGUAAUGGGCUACAUCGACGCCGGCAAGAAGUGCGGAGCCCGUCUCGUCGCUGGCGGAGAGAGGAAGGGCAACAAGGGAUUCUACAUCCAGCCCACGGUCUUCGCUGACGUCAAGGAUGACAUGAAGAUUGCCAGGGAAGAGAUCUUCGGACCCGUCCAGAGCAUCCUCAAGUUCGAGACCUUCGACGAGAUCGUGGACCGCGCCAACAACUCCAACUACGGUCUCGGCGCCGGCGUCAUCACCAACGACAUCACCACCGCCAUGUCCUUCGUAAGACACGUGCGCGCUGGCUCCGUUUGGGUGAACACGUACGAGCACGUGACCUGUCAGACUCCCUUCGGAGGAUUCAAAGACUCCGGCAUUGGCCGAGAAAUGGGUGAAGAGGGCAUCCAGCAGUACCUUGAGAACAAGACAGUGACCAUCAGCUUGCCCAAGAAACCACAGUUUUAUGAAAAGGGCAUCGAGUUUAUGAACGACCUGAAAAUUAAGGUAAGUUCCUAUUCCAAGAUGGUUAAAGUCGAAGUUAAAUACAAUAAGUUGUUCAUCAACAACGAGUGGACGGAUGCCGUGAGCAGGAAGACCUUCCCCACCAUCAACCCUCAGGAUGAGACCGUCAUCGCCCAAGUAGCCGAGGGAGACAAGGCAGACGUAGACAUAGCAGUCGCGGCGGCUAAGAGAGCGUUCCACCGGUAUUCCCUAUGGCGCACCAUGGACGCGUCUCAACGAGGCAUCCUCAUGAACAAGCUGGCAGACCUGAUGGAAGCCGAGGCCCGGUACCUGGCUGAGCUGGAGACCCUGGACUGCGGGAAGCCGGUGAAGCAGGCUGAAGAGGAAGUGUAUUUUUCGGCGUCUGUACUGAGACACUACGCUGGGAAGGCGGACAAGAUUCAUGGGAAUACGAUACCCGCAGAUGGAGGCGUAUUGUCGUUCACCCUGAAGGAGCCAGUCGGAGUGUGUGCCCAGAUCAUACCGUGGAACUACCCCAUACCCAUGUUUGUAUGGAAAAUUGCUCCAGCAAUAGCCGCAGGAUGCACGGUGGUGGUGAAGCCAGCGGAGCAAACCCCACUGACCGCGCUGGCCAUGGCCGCCCUGGUCAAGGACGCCGGGUUCCCGCCCGGUGUCAUCAACGUGGUGCCAGGCUACGGACCCACGGCAGGAGCAGCCCUUACCCACCAUCCCGAUGUGGAUAAAGUGGCUUUCACUGGCUCCACUGAGGUUGGCCGCCUCAUCAUGGGCGCCGCAUCAGCUGUGAACCUCAAGAGAGUGACAUUGGAGCUUGGAGGAAAGAGCCCUUUGGUGGUCUUCAACGAUACUGACGUGGAAAAAGCGGCGCAAAUCGCCCACGCAGCCGCCUUUGCCAACGGAGGCCAGUGCUGCUGCGCCGGCACCCGCACCUACGUGCAGUCCGGCAUCUACGACCAGUUCGUGCAGAAAGCUACCGAGAUCGCCAAGAAGAGGUCUGUGGGGAACCCGUUUGAUGACGUCGAGCAAGGGCCUCAGAUCGACAAAGAGAUGUAUGGCAAGGUGUUGGGCUACAUCAAGGCUGGGAAGGAAGGGGGGGCGAGGCUCGUGGCUGGAGGGGACAAACUUGGAGACAAGGGGUACUUCAUCCAGCCGACUGUCUUUGCUGAUGUCAAGGAUGACAUGAAGAUUGCCAGGGAAGAGAUCUUCGGGCCGGUGCAGAGCAUCCUCAAGUUCGACACAUUCGACGAGAUCGUGGAUCGCGCCAACGACACCAACUACGGGCUCGCCGCCGGCGUCAUCACCAACGACAUCACCACCGCGCUCAGCUUCGUCAAACACGUCAGGGCUGGCUCAGUCUGGGUGAACACUUACGACUACGUGACAAGCCAAACGCCUUUUGGAGGGUUCAAGGAUUCCGGAUUAGGGCGAGAGCUAGGAGAAGACGGCAUCAGCCAGUACUUAGAGAACAAGACAGUCACCAUCAACGUACCCAAAAGACCGCAGCUUUAGAAGCUUUUUAUAUACCGUUAGCGAAUAAUAUUUUUAUGUAAAAUAUAUUUUAUAGAGAAUUACUCUUAUUACGUUUUAAUAUUAAAAGUGUAAACUUACCUUA